AUGGGAGAUCUCAAAUUUGUCCAGGAUGCAUUCGAUGCAGCCACUGACUUUUUGAGCCCAGUGCUCAAUCGAGGCAUGCCACUUCCAACUACUAGGGAGAUCCAUAAGUCCGAGGGGCGAUCGCUGCUUGAGAUCUUGAACCGGAGUUCAGACGACUCAGGAUCCGGUGAUUGUGAUGCUAGGACGACCGUCAUCAAUCAGGCCUUGGACAUCUUAUAUCGGAUCCACACGGCUUUUGUCACACCAGCCGAAAGUCAGUCAGAGUCUCAGCAGGCCGCAUCUUCACGGGGAAAUGAAGACCUCGAAGAUGCGAAGCGACGCCGGAUCCUGCAUGCUCUGCUGGACUUGAUCUCCCUAGAAGGGAUCUACCCGUCAUUGUCAUCAGGAGUUGGCAUUCCUCUACAGCAAAGAGUCAUCUCUGUUUUACCGGCUGGUGUUAUUGCAAAGCAGGCACAUGCAUCUGCAAGCAGUGUUCCACAUAAUGAGGACCUUCUUCAACAUGUCAUGACAGUUCUUGUGAAAAUCGUCUUGGAUUCCAGACCAAGCAUCCAGCCAGUUAUUCGAGGCCGCAUUCUGAGUGAUAUCAUCAGUGGCGCAGCGGAUCUAGCCUUCAAUCCAAACAUAACUUCUUCUUUGCACCAAACCAAAUUCCAAGAUGGAUUUGCCGAGGUCAUCAAGCAGACUGCGAGUGUAGUGUUGCUGCCUACGCUAUCCAAUUUUCUGCAGUCAGAAACUACACCUUGGUUCAAAGCUGCCAUUUCAAGUCAGAUUUCUCGUGUGCCGCUUCGCCCGGGUGGUGUCUUGCAAACGAUCAUGUUUAUUGCCUCGCAAUUCGCGCCGUCACUGGGACAAGAAGCCCAAAACGAAUCAUCUGCAGGCCCGCAUUUUACAGUGCAAGCUAUCAUGCAGAUCUCACGACUUCUUUCCUCCGUGCCGCUGGGCGUUGAACCGGUGUCGUACUUUACUACCAUAGCUCCUCAGCUUCUCACACUACUCGAUGGGGCGGAUCCAGAUCUUAAGAAGACCGCAUCUUACGCCAUCGGCAAUGGUAUUUUGGGGAAACGCGCAUAUGGCGCUCCUGGGUCUAUAGGCCACUCGAUUUUCGUCGAGCCUCUCUUUGGGGCAUUAACGGCCGAGCUAAACGACUUUUCAAGGCGAUGGAUGACACAAUACUCGGAUAUGGAAGGUUCCAUCCCUCUAAGUACAGGAGAGACAUCAAGAAACGCUUUUGUGAAUGGAAGUAUGGUCAACCUGGCAAUCGAGAGGCUGGAAAGUCUAGCAUUACAGCAUCCAAACCCAGGUCUCGUUAAGAGGAUUGUUUAUCCGAUUCUUCUUCCAUUAUGGGGCUUGGCGUGCUAUUCCGAAGAGCAUGGCCUUACAGAAUAUCACGAAAGGAUAAUGGCCUUGCUACAAACAUAUUUUGGCAUUUCGGUUGGAGUUCAACCACUCAAAAAACUCGUCGAUCAUCUCCUCUGGGACGGUGGCUCAACAUGGACCUACUCCACUGAAUCAAAGAAACAAAUCGCGCUGACAAGACGUACGAACCUGGAAGGCGAUCAGUCAAAUCUCAUCAAGUUAAUAGAUUCGCUCCAAAGUCGGACUGAGCUCUUUGUUAGUCUAUUGGGCUCAGACCCCAGUAGCGAGGAACGGACGGGUGAUGUUUUCCUCUACGUGAGCGAGCGCUGGUUGGUUCAGCCUCAAGUCUCCGACAAGGGUGCCAAAACUCAGAAGCUUGGUGAAUCAGACGAUGUCCUCCAAAAGCUGGUAAGCGCCAAGCUGGCAGAAAAGCUACUUGACAAUUUCAAAGACACCUUAUCUCGCCGCCCGAUGCGAGUCUUGGAACUCAUUAAGCAAGUCAUUGAUGGAGAGCUGCGCCGACUGAGCUCUGGGGCUAGGCAACGCGAUCAGAGGGCUGAAAAUGUGUCGCUGUCAUCACUUUCCAAUAUCGUAUCCGGCCAGAGCGAGCAAGAGGGUACUCCUGACAAAGAGUCGUCGGAGUCGUUGGCAACCGCUUUCAGCUUGCUAUCAACCGUGCUGGCAUCUCCUGACUUUUCCACUUCCCAGGAGACCAAGCCGUUGCUCGAAUCGGUCAAGGGUCAUCUUGACGAGCUGGUUCCACUUCUCUCACCGGCUAUGGCCAAGCCAGCAACAACAUCGUCGAUGCUGCUGGAGAUUCAGCUUACAUCCCCAGAGCAUGAUGAUUCUAGACCAACACCUUCUCAUGUUACCGACCUUGAAACACAUCGUCAAGCGCUGGUGAAUCUCAAUUCGAAUCUGCCACCGGUCCAGGCCGAAGGCUUCUCCUUACUGUCCAAGUUGAUCAUGAGCGGAUCGCCUGUACUUGAUAUUCCGUCAACGUUGACACUUCUUCUGUCCGUUAUUACUGAUAUAUCCGAGUCAACUGCCAACGAAGAGUUUAUAUACCUCAAUGCGAUCAAACUAAUCGGCACAUUGGCAUCGAAGCAUCCACGGACAGUGAUGAAGACCCUGGUGGACAGCUAUGUUGACAAGAAUGAGCAAAGAACCCUAGACUCACGUCUUAGGCUCGGCGAGUCUUUGCUGCGCACCGUUCAAGACCUGGGUGAUGCUUUGACUGGCGAGACCGCAAAAAUCCUCGGCGAGGGAAUGGUUGCUCUAGCAGGUCGCCGAGGACAUCGACCCGAAACACAGAAGAGUCGCAAGAGGCAACUCGAAAAAGAGCAGCGCCAAAAGGAGCGAGAAGAGCGCAAGCAGAAAGAAGCUGCUCUGCCAGCAGGAUGGUCAAUUCCGACCGAUCAAAUUCAACCAAAGCUUGAAGAUGAAAAGGACGAUGACUCCGAAACAGAGUCCCCCGAACAGACAGCACAUGCUGCAAAUAUCGUUGCAGCAUGGGCAGCCGGUGCAUCAACAGAUGAAGAGCCCGAUGACUUCCGUGUACGUGCAUCGGCCCUUUCUAUCCUCGCCUCGGCGGUGCAAACCAACAUCCUGGGUCUCGGCCCAUCCAUCGUUUCAUCGGCCGUGGAUCUCGCCCUGGCCACUCUCACCCUCGAACCUGCCCCCGAGAGCGCAAUCCUUCGUCGUGCUAGUGUUAUCCUCAUUCUCGACAUCUUGAAAGCACUAGACACGGCCCGCGAAACAAGACACGGCAAGGAUGUUGGCUUCGGCUUCUCCCUUAACGACGUCACGUACAGCGGUUCACAUGACCAAUCUCGCGGCCUGUCUACAGUUGGAAACAUCCCUUCCAUGCUGCGCACGCUGAGUUUCGUCGAAACGAUCGAGACAGACUCCAUUGUGCGUGGACAUCUGCGUGCACUGAUCGAGAGCUUAGAAGCCUGGUUGGAGAAGUCGUUGAUGUGGGGAAUAGGUUCCCAGGGAGAUGACGAACCACGUUUGGAGAUUGGAGACCGGAUCGCUGGGUUGGCCGUUAAUCCAAUGGCUGGGCAAGCGGGGUCGACGAGGCCGAAGAUUGAGGAGAUAGAGUAA